GUCAGAUGUUUCAACUGAAAAUUAACAUAAAAAACGUUGAGGCUUUUACUGUGAAAGAGAUCGGAAGUUGAUAUGUUGAAGGCGGAAGUCGCGAUAUUUACAAGUUAGCAUUCAGCUAACAGCUAGCUGGCGGCCGGAUGUUUCCCGGCUUCAGUAAAACGUGUAGCUUCAUCAGAUCAACUGAACCGUUUCCGUCGUUCAGAGUGAACCCGGUCAACCGUUGGUGUGACGUCAUCCCGGUGCUCCGGCGCAUGAGCGGUAGAAACACACCGAUGCCCAGAAAAGAGAAAGCGGUUAAGGGAAGCCCGGCAGCGGCCGAAGCUUCCGGUCCGGUAUCCCGGGACAAGAGCGGGUUCGUGACCGUCGCGGUUCACGCCAAACCGGGCUCCAAACGCAGCGGCAUCACCGAGGUUUCUGCAGAGGCGGUGGGCGUGUCCAUCGCGGCUCCGCCCACUGACGGAGAGGCCAACGCGGAGCUCGUGCGCUUCCUGGCGGAAGUCCUGGACCUGAAGAAGAGUCACGUGUCUCUCGACAAGGGCUCCAGGUCCAGAGAAAAACGGGUCCGAGUGGACUCCUCCCUCAGCCCGGAGGAGGUGUUAAAGAGGCUCACAGAGGCUGCAGGCUAGGACAGAGGGAGGAUGAAGGACAGAGGACAAAAGGAGGGAGGACGGAGGACAAAGGAGGAACACCCGCAUACUAAAGCCUGGCCGGAUGUUUACCCACAAUGCAUUCCUUCUGGACGUAAAUAAAAAGUCUGAUAUCACAAAGUUAUAGUGUAUCUAUGUGUGCAUCUGUGUACAUCUGUGCGUAUCUUUUUGUGUGUGUACAUGUAUGUAUCUGUAUCCCUGUGUGCAUUCGAUGGGAGAAGUCAGUCGUUUCCUCUCAGACAUUAAUAUUCAUCUUUAGGUGAUUUUAAAAAUCUUCAUUAAAUUAAUUUGUAUAUAUUAAACACAA